CUGCAAUCGUGAACCCUUAUUUAAGAACAUUGGAAACGCACUUCUAUUCUGCUAUUCGGAACUUCUAUACAUGGAUAUAUCAUGUCAACAUAGUAUUCAUCUUCACCAUUGAUCAACUAUCAAACAAAACCGAGUUCUUUUGAACAAUAUGGAUCCUCAUUCUUAUUCUCCCCACCAGAGACGAUGGGAGCGUCGACUGUCGAGGGAUGUUAAUGAGGCCCUUCCAAUCGAAACAUACCUCUACCGCUGUGAUCCCUAUCGCUCAUCGACAGUCCAACACCCAUGGCCGUACGGCGUCAAAGUAACCCAAGAACUGGCCAUGCGUGAACUCAUCCUAGCGUACAAGAAUGACAUUAGAGAUACAUUCAUCCGACAUGGAUUUCCCUCAGACGGUUCAGGAGUCAAACUGAACUUUACCGUGAAAAGAGUCUUCCCCGCUGACCAGCGACCGAGUACAGUUCUCAGUAUUGGAAUCGAGAAUGACCCUAUACCCACUCGCGACCUUAGCAUCGUCAGAGACGCAGUCUAUUUGCUCUUAUUGGACAAGAGACUGAAGACUAUGCACGUGGACAUCUUUGAUUGUGACAGGCGAUUUAUGCCAUUCAAGGCCCAAGAGGAUAUUGUGAGGCUGCUUCGAGACAAGGACAAUCUAUCCUGGCAGGCUAUCUGUUUGUAUCAGGUGGGGAGAUGCUUGGAUCAAGCGGUGCCGUGCAUUGUCGUCUCUGUGCCUCCUGGAACUAUCUACAAUUGGGCUUCACUAAGAAACGAGAUAUUGGACGCUCUAGGUUCUGAUAUCGAGGUCGAGUUUCUUCCAGUGGUCCCGAAAUUGACGGACAGUUGCGCGUAAUUGCUUUCUGGUUGCUGAACCUCAGGUACGUCGCUUUACUGUUUCUAUAUAAUAGUUUAACUAUACGAUUCCAAAUAAAUGUUA